AGCUACUCUUACCGAUAUCCACAUUCCGUGUGAUCACUGGCAAGAUGGGAGUCGUACGAUUUGCCGUUGUUUUCCUUGCCGUUGCCAUGAUCUGCGUUGCUAAGAAAGCCAAGGACAAUGGCUGGACUAAGAAGGAUGAAUCGAAACCAUUUUAUUUGGCGCUAGCUCAUAUCGCUGCUUCAGAGUAUUCCAAGACACAGGGUCUUAGUCACUACUACACAGUCAAGAAGCUUCUUAAAGUGGAAGUACAGACGGUUUCUGGUGUUAACUACAAGCUGAAGAUGAAGGUAGCUCCAUCCACAUGCAAUGUCGACGAAAAAUACAAUAAGAAGACUUGUAAGCCACAGAAGAAUGCCGAAGCCAAGACCUGUACAGCUGUCAUCCACGUUCCCCCAGGAAAUACGAAUGAGGUUCUGAAGGAAGAGGUAACUGAGUUCCACUGCAAAGCAGGCAGCAAAGCGACCCUCCGAUAAGAGACAACUUCAAUAAAACCUGGACAUAUCUACA